AUGAUUCCACAAAAACAGAUCCCAACCACAGCCUUCGUGGUUGAGAAACCAGGAGCUCCUUUUAUUCUUCAAGAUGUUGUUCUUGAUGAAGUUCGGGCCAAUGAGGUUUUGGUUGAAAUGAAAUAUACAGGCCUUUGCCACACAGAUAUCGUCGUCCAACAGGGCGCAAUUCCUAUUGGUGAUUAUCCCGCCGUACUAGGUCAUGAGGGUGCCGGGAUCGUCCGCCGCGUCGGUAGUGGCGUGAAAGACAAGUCCCUCCAAGAAGGCGACCUUGUCUUCCUGAGCUUCAGCUCCUGCCUCAAAGACACAUGCAGACCCUGUAGCAAAGGACAAAAUGGAUUCUGCGGUCAAGUGACACCUAUUAACUUCGCCGGUGCUCGAGGUCUCAGCGCUGCCGAGUCCCCCAUCUCUUUUCCAGGCGGAAAGGGCCCAAUCCGUGGCCAGUUCUUCGGUCAGUCCUCUAUGAGCAAGCUAGCUGUAGUUGACGAGCGGUCUGUCGUUAAGUCUCCUUCAGCGUCCGGACUUACGGUCGAAGACAUGGCUGUCCUUGCUCCUCUUGGCUGUGGAUAUCUCACCGGUGCUGGCACCGUAUUCAAUAUCCUUAAGCCCACACCGACAAGUCGCUUUGCUGUUCUUGGCAUGGGCGCUGUUGGGGUGGCGGCUAUGCUGGCUGCCCGGUCUCAGGGAGUACAAACCAUUAUCGCGGUUGAUAUUGUUGAUAAGAAGCUCGAGAUGGCGAAGUCUCUUGGUGCAUCGCAUACGUUGAACACGAGAGUAUCGGAUCUUGCGCAGGGGUUGUUGGAUAUAUUCCCGGAUGGCGUUGACUGUAUUCUCGAUACCACGGGUGUGGCUCCUCUGCUCGAGGCUGCCGUCAAAGCUUUGGGCCAUGAAGGUACCCUAGCUAUUGUUGGUGUGGCUCGUGCUGGCUCAUCCCUCAAUAUCGAUCCCUUGGAACUCAUGAUGGCUUGCAAGCGUGUCGUUGGUGUUAUUGAGGGCUGUGCGAAUCCCGCUGUGAUUGUUCCACAACUGAUUGAUCUAUACAAGCAAGGGAAAUUCCCGGUUGAUAAGCUUGCUAAAAUCUAUGCCCCGGGCGAUUUAGAGCAAGCCAUGGCAGAUUUACACUCUGGAAGUGUUAUCAAGCCCGUCAUCAAAUGGGCAGACCUGUGA